AUGAUCCACAUGUUAAACCUACAAAUUGUACUGGCUGCCCUCCUGGCAUUCACUCGCGAUGCACCUUCAUCAAGCUCCUCAGCCACGACUCCCGCACCGACAAGUCCUGCAUACUCUCCCGGCUUUGAUGUAACUAGCAGCUGGGCAAAUCUCAGUCCCUACAAGGAAGCCGAUGGAUUUGGAGUCCCGAAGGGCGUACCCCGUGGUUGCGAGCUAUCGCAAGUUCAUGUUUUGCAUAGACAUGCAGAGCGCUAUCCCGAGUCCGCCUGGUUUGAUGGGAAGGGGAUGGAGAGAUUCAGCAAGAAGCUUAAGAACUAUAAUACCGACCACGAUGUCUCUGUCGGCACAGGACCGUUGGCCUUUUUGCAGAAUUGGAAGUACCUCCUCGGUCGCGAUCUCCUGCUUGCCACGGGUGCUGCAACGGAGGCAAGCUCCGGGGCUGAUAUAUGGUCGAAGUAUGGACGCAUGGUGUAUCGAGCGCCUCCUGGAAUGGCUGUCUGGGAUCCAGAGUUGAAUGUGUAUCCAAAUGGCACUCGCAGGCCGAAGCCAAUCUUUAGAACCACGAAUAAGCAGCGGGUUUUGGAGAGUGCGAGGUGGUGGCUAACUGGUUUUUUCGGACCCGGACAUGCCAAUACUUCGUACAAUCUUGUGGUCAUCCCUGAUGGGGACGGUUUAAACAAUACACUUGCUGCCGAACAUUCCUGCCCAGGCGAUCUAAAAGAAGGGACACAUGCAUCGGAGAAAUUCAUUCCUGCGAUGAUUAAAGACCCCCUCACCAGGCUAAAGAAGUACUUCCCGGACGACUUCAAUUUAACCACUUCUGAUGUUUUGGCUAUGAUGAACCUUUGCCCCUAUGAAUACGCAACGUUAGGUAGCUCAUCAUUCUGUCGUCUCUUUACCGAACAAGAAUGGGCUGACUUCGCCUAUAACCUUGAUAUGCGGCUUUACGGCGCUUCUGCAUUUGGCUCCCCUACGGGACGAGCGCAGGGGAUCGGAUAUCUUCUCGAGCUUGCUGCCAGGCUUGAAGAAAAAUUGAUCACUUCAAGCGAUACCAGUAUUAACACUACCUAUGAUAGCGACGCCGCGACAUUUCCGUUACACCAGCCACUGUAUAUGGACAUGGCACAUGACAAAGUCAUUAUCGGUACCAUUACUGCCCUGGGGCUCCAGUACUUCAACUACGGGCCAAGGGGUAUGCCUUCAACGGUAGCUCAUGCCGUCCCGCGGGAGUUUCGGUUGAACAAGGUGGCACCUUUUGGAGCACGCCUGAUCUCCGAAGUCUGGACCUGUCCCGAGGAAGCCAGAGUCGAGGUGUUAGAUAGCACUCUUUAUGUGAAUCCAGACCUGUCCGAUACAGAAAACACAACCGACUAUAUCCGCUUCGUGUUAAAUGGUGCGCCACUUCCCAUCUCCGACUUAGUCGGAUGUGAGCAUUCAAUGAAUGGGUUCUGUAAGGUCGCUCAUUUUCUAAACGCCGUGCCCAUGCUUAAAGAAAAAGCCAUGUAUCAACAGGCGUGCUAUGGAGGCUUCAAGCCUGGUCAUCAAGUUGGAGACGGGCGACCUGAAUAA